CUUGCGGUGGACUCAAUCCUUUGCUUUGUUUCUAAAGACAAACCCUAACUUCUUCACCUGAGCUGGAAUAUGGCGGGCAGUGAACCUCAGAUCUAUCACGAGCGGCAACGACUGCAAUUUUGCCUCCUGCACUCCCUCAACAAUCUAUUUCAGGACAAGGACGCAUUCACGCGAGAAGGCUUGGACUCAAUCUCGGAGGAGCUCGGGACCGAUGGUCCCUGCCAAGAAACGUGGACACCUCUCUCUUUACUCGUCAAGCCUCACCACAACACGCUCACUGGUAACUACGACGUAAACGUGAUGAUUGCAGCUCUUGAAGGAAAAGGAAAGAGUGUUGAGUGGCAUGACAAGCGUCGUGGUGCCUAUUCGAUUAAUCUUGGUGCAGAUACUCUAAUGGGUAUCGUGUUGAACGUUCCUGUCACGCGAUAUGUGGGACUUUGGAGAAGCAGGCGUUGGGUUGUGAUGAGAAAAAUAGAUGGAGUCUGGUAUAACUUGGAUUGCGAUCUUACUGUGCCGCAGCCGUUUAGAGACGAAGAUGAAGUUAAGGGGUUUUUGGAUCAAAAUCUGAGUUUAGGUGGAGAGAUUUUGCUAGUGAACAAUGCUUAAAGAUCAACAAUGUCACCCCUUUUGUUGUUUAAAAUUGUGUUUUUUUAAUGACUAGAAAGUUAUGGGUUCCUAGUUAGGUAAAUUAAUUCAU